AUGCUCACCGUGGACGACGCUCUGGAGCAGGUCGGGGAGUUUGGCUGGUUCCAGAAGCAAGCCUUCCUGACGCUAUGCCUGCUCUCUGCCGCCUUCGCCCCCAUCUACGUGGGCAUCGUCUUCCUGGCCUUCACCCCGGACCACCGCUGCCGGAGCCCCGGGGUGCCCGAGCUGAGCCGUCGAUGCGGCUGGAGCCUGGCCGAGGAGCUCAACUACACGGUGCCGGGCCCCGGGCCCGAGGGCCAGGCCUUCCCCCGCCAGUGCCGCCGCUAUGAGGUGGACUGGAACCAGAGCGCCCUCGGCUGCGUGGACCCGCUGGCCGGCCUGGCCGCCAACAGCAGCCUCCUGCCUCUGGGCCCCUGUCGGCACGGCUGGGUGUACGACACGCCCGGCUCCUCCGUCGUGACCGAGUUUAACCUGGUGUGCGAUGACUCUUGGAAGGUGGACCUCUUUCAGUCCUGUGUGAAUGUGGGCUUCUUCCUGGGCUCUCUGGGCGCCGGCUACAUCGCAGACAGGUUUGGCCGUAAAGUAUGCCUCUUGGCCACCACCCUCAUCAGCGCCAUCUUGGGCGUCCUGACGGCCGUUGCUCCAGACUACACGUCCCUGCUGCUCUUCCGCCUGGGGCAGGGGCUGGUCAGCAAGGGCAGCUGGACGGCUGGCUACACCUUGAUCACAGAAUUCGUGGGCUUGGGCUACAGAAGAACGGUGGCGAUCCUCUACCAGGUGGCGUUCACGGUGGGGCUCGUGCUGCUCUCCGGGCUGGCCUACGCUGUCCCUCACUGGCGCUGGCUCCAGCUGGCCGUGUCUCUGCCCACCUUCCUCCUCCCGCCGUGCUGCUGGUUUGUGCCCGAGUCUCCCCGAUGGCUGUUAUCGCAAAAGAGAAACACUCAAGCAGUAAAGAUAAUGGACCACAUAGCCCAGAAGAAUGGGAAAUUGCCUCCUGCCGACCUCAAGAUGCUGUCUCUCAAAGAGGAUGUCACUGAAAAGCUGAGCCCCUCGUUUGUAGACCUGUUCCGCACGCCGCACCUGAGGAAGCACACCUUCAUCCUGAUGUACCUGUGGCUCACCAGCUCCGUACUCUACCAGGGCCUCAUCAUGCACAUGGGCGUCACCGGCGGGAACCUCUAUCUGGAUUUCUUCUACUCGGCUCUGGUCGAAUUCCCGGCGGCCCUCAUCAUCCUCGUCACCAUCGAGCGCUUCGGCUGCCUCUACCCGCUGGCUGGGUCCAGUCUGGUGGUGGGGGCAGCCUGCUUCCUCAUGAUCUUUAUCUCACACGAUCUGCACUGGUUGAAUAUCGUGGUAGCUUGUGUUGGCCGAAUGGGAAUCACCCUCGCGUUCCAGAUGGUGUGCCUGGUGAAUGCUGAGUUGUACCCUACGUUCCUCAGGAACCUUGGAGUGAUGGUGUGUUCCUCCCUGUGUGACCUGGGUGGGGUCAUCACCCCCUUCCUGGUCUUCAGGCUGAUGGAGGUUUGGCAAGGCUUACCACUCAUUUUGUUUGCGGCUUUGGGGCUAGUUGCCGGGGGAAUGACGCUGCUUCUUCCAGAGACCAAGGGGGUCGCUUUGCCAGAGACCAUCAAGGACGCGGAGAACCUGCGGAGGAAAGCAAAGCCCAAAGAAAACAAGAUUUACCUUCAGGUCCAAACAUCAGAAUUCAACUCGCAGGCACCCGAGAGAGAUGCUCCGCUGGGGACCGGGCGGCAGAGAUGA